GUAAAAAUGCCAGGGCUCGUUCUACAGGACCAGGGCAUUGCAGGAGAACGUAUGAAGAAGACAUUUAUUAUUUCUGUACAUGUUUUGGCUGUCACACUUCCAUAAUGCCCCUUUAGAUAGCAAUUAAAAGCUACAGGAUCAACACAGUACCAUUGAAAAGGCGAGUUUCUCUGAAGUCACACCAUAACUUCACUUCUCUGUUGACUUUGUAAUGAUUUACUAUGAAAGACCUUGCUUGUUAAUUAGAAACGGUGAAAUACCAGCACCUGUUUGUCUGUUUAUCAUUCCUGUAUUGACACAAAAAGAGGGGUCCAAAGUUCAUUCCAGAUACUCCACCAUAGCACAGCCCAUUACCACUAGUUUUACAAGCGUGAUUGAAAUGGCUGUCAUUCCGACCAUUAUAACUAUUAGAAGCUGUAAGAUUAAAGGGAAGAGUUACGCUGUUGAUAGCUUGAGGUGAAAAAUUUCCCAGUUUGGCUGCAGUUUCCAGCUUGGAUCAUUACUGCUUUUAACAAAUAAUAUUUAGUUACCGAGUGCCCCAUCUGUACCACAGCGACCAACAAAAUCAGCUUGUGUACAUCGGAUGGUGAGGUUGAGGAGGGUAGCAAAGCAGCAGCUGUGAGUCUCCAGGUGGGAGACGAGCUUGUCAACAUCAAUGAGAUUCCCCUGAGUGGCUUCAAACAGGAGGCGAUCUGCCUAGUGAAAGGCUCCCACAAGACCCUCAGUUUGGUAGUUAAAAGGAAAGUGAGAAUGGUGGAUAUUGUAGCUCAAAAAAUGCCAUCAGAGAAUGACGUGCAUGUGGCAAGAAGCUUUCUUACGAAGAUUUUGCGAAGUUCCAUGAGAAAGAGCUGCUAUAAAGGGAGGAAUGAACCCAUAAGCAGGCCUCACUCCUGGCACUCUACCAAGUUCAAUGAAAGCCAAUUAGAGGCUGGCAGAAGACCGUCUCCACCCACUGCAGUCUGGCACACCACUUAUGAUGCAAGUUCAUCUGCCUCUGAUCUUUCCACUGAUUGGGAGCAGACAAACCUGCGCAGGGUGUCUGACCAGUUCAGCUCCCUUGGCAGUAUGGACAGUCUAGAACAUGUCUCACACCCAGACCCCGCCGGGCAGCUAUCACCAGCUAAGUCCAACAACAGCAUGGAGCACCUUGGAGGAGGGAAACGAGACUCUGCCUAUAGCUCUUUCUCUACCAGCUCAAGCACACCUGAUUACACGCUCUCAAAAAGCAAUGCUGCCUCAACAGAGAACGUGUCGCAUAAAGUUGGUCAGUGGGAUCCAGGAUCAAGGUACAACAGUAGCAGAAACAGCCAUAGCCUGGCUGCUGAAGGAGUGAAGCAGGAUGACAGACCCACAUAUUUCCAGGUGCCAGGAGUUCACUCAGGCCACAAUGGUCCACAGACUGAAGACUCUGCUGGAUGUCGCCAUUCCACUUCUAGCAGAACAAGCUUUGCACCUGUGUGGUAUGUCCCUGAGAAAAAGAGGUCUGCUUCGUCCACUUCUCCUCCUCCUCUUCCACCCGCUCGCAGUGACAGUUUUGCUGCAACUAAGGCACAUGAAAGAGGCCUUGUGCUAGCUCACCCUGAAGCACCUCAUUCUCACUCAGCCUCUAAGGCUUCCACUGAAAAUCGCCACAUUUCUCCUAAACAUGACAGUGAAAAGGUUUACAGCUCAAAUAAGACAUAUCCCAACUCCAACGUUGAUGUCUCCCACGCUAGUCAGCCCUUUCAGCAAAGACUCCAUAGUGACAAAAGCACUUGUCCUCCUCCGCUAUGGGCUCCAUCUGCACCAAAGCCACACUACUGUAGCUCACAAGAAGUACCUGCUAACAGUUCCUCAAACCAGAACCAGGGACGAAGCUUAGGCUUGUCUUCCUCAACUACUGACCAAAACACUGAGAGCUCCGUACCUAACCGAUAUUACUGUGUCACUACAUGUCAGCCCACACAUCCCAGCUGUCCGUCUUUGUCUAAUAUACCAGAAGACGGGAGGAGUGGGACUGGAGUAGAUCUACCACAGACUGGACAUGAACAGAGCCCCAGUAACUUGCAGACAAGCACCAAAGUCAAGUACCAUCUGCCCCAACAGCAGCAACACUCCUUGCAGAACAAAGACAGUAGUGCUCACAGCAAACAUCAAGUCACUACUGUUCCAGAAACAUCUGUAGUUAAACCCAGCUCUGAUAACAGGGCAGGCCACCGAGGACACAGCACACAAACCGCAGAAUCUCAGCACAUCAGUAAUCCUCCUAAACGACAGCCUGAACAACGGAGAUCUCUGCCAGCACAGUUCAGAGAAAUGCCUCAAGACCCCAGAAAUCACAAUCAGAUGGGCAGUAAGAUCUGCCCUCAGGCAACCCCGAUGCUUCACACUCUGUCCAUGGAUGUCACAGGCCAUGAGGAGAAAACGGGAAGUGAAAACUCUGAGGAGUCCCUUGAAGGCAAACAGGUCAACCGAGGCAACAGAUUUGCCACCACACUGAGAAACGAAAUCCAGAUGAGAAGAGCAAAGCUGCAAAAAAGCAAGAGUGCAGCGACCCUUCCUGAUGUUGAACACGAAGCUGAGGAAAAGGUCUGGAAGUCCACAGAAAGUUCCACCUCAACCUAUGCACACGGCUCUUUUUCUUACACCUACAAAGAUAACUUGAAGGAGGCACAAGCAAGGGUUCUUAGAGCCACCUCUUUCAGGAGGAAAGACCUGGAGCCGGUCUUACUGGAGCUCUCUGGAGUAGAUCCCCAACCCAACUACUUGCCUUCAACCCAGACUUGGAAAGAUGGCCACCCCUUGCCGAUUGUCACCGAGUUGGCAUCAAGUCUUUCAGUGCUUUCUAGUGGUCAGGUAACUCGAGUAGGGGGUCGCAAACGUUUUCCUCCAGAAAAGAAGGUUCAGUCUUUUUCUGAACCAGACAUAAUACACAGAGUUGGUGUUAAUGAAGAUUUGUCUCUAUCUGAAAGCGUAAGCUCCUCACUAGAUGAAGAGAAACUCAUAAAAGAAAGCGGGAAACCAGAAUUCCCUACUCACAUUCCUCCCCAAAGUCUUUACAAACACCAGAGUAAAUAUGCUUCUAGUAAUGUAACCAAGGACACAGUGGAAAGAGUCAAUGACAGAGAGAAGACGGAAAGCGCUCCUUACGCUCCACAAUCCGUACAAGAUAACCAGAGACUCGGCACAUUUGCUGAGUAUGAGGCGAGAUGGAAUAUACAGAAGAAACCCUCCGAGAAAAAAGCCUCAGGACGGUAUCUUUCAGCAGACAACAUACUAGAUACGGGACCAGAGGACCGGAUUAAGAGUGCAUGCGUCCACGAGAGGUCCAGAUCAUCUCCCUCAGCAGACUUCUAUGGGCAGAAUAGUCCAGUUCCAGCAGCAAAGUUUGAUCCUGAAUAUUCCCAAAUGGAGAGUAAAUGUGCAGAACUGCUCAGCGCUGACACAAGGUUCCCUGACAGCAGGUCAGGUGACUGCGAAGUGGGAGAAAAGCCCGUAGAGGCUGAAACGUACCCAGCACCACCCCCUCCGCCCAUGCCAGGAGCUGCUGCUGCCACCAUGAACCACAAACCCACGUCAACUUCUCACAGUCAGACUGAGCCCGCCCCCUCUCACUCCGACGGCCACAGACACACAGAGCUGUCGUCUGGACCCAGGAAGAAGCCCUCUGCGCUGGAGAAGCCUCCCCCCACCACAUGCCAGGAGGUCAACUCCCACCAGCCCUCCACCAAGUCCCAGAGUGACAUCUUCACCCACUGCUCUGCGAACUUUGAAACUAGCUCCACUUUUUAUUCCCGCUACUCUGCAAAGAGAGAUUGUGAGCAGGACAAAGGACUCAUGGACAAAGGACAAGAGGCAGUGCAUCAUCUGUCUACAUCUCAGCAUCCCCCCUCUCCCCCGGCCUCCUCCUGCAGACCUUCAGGGCUUUUUAAGAUGGAGGGGCAGCGCUCGCCCUCUCCACAGUUUGUUCCACAGAGACUCAGCGACAAGCCUCCAGUCUCUCUUCAUGAUGAGGAACCAAACAGGAUGGAGCAUAAGAUAGAAAACCAGAAUACAACAGCGAGAAAAGUUCCAAUCAGGAUUGUCCACUCGGAUAAAAAUGUAGAGAAGGAGAAUUCUCCAUUCUUGCAGCAAAGCGACCUCCCACUCAUGGAAGCUGAAGGGCCUGGAGUGGCCAGUCUGGGACAGGACUCUCUGUUCUGUGCCUUUACCCGUCAGAGUGAGCAAGUGUCCCAGCAGGACUCCUACAUGACCACUGUAGGAGAGGACUGCAGCUCCAACAGCCAGCAGCCACGGCUGCAGGCCUCAGACCAGCUCAGCAGCACGCAGGAAACCGCACGGCUGAGCGAGGAUGAGGAGCAGAAGAGAGAGGAGCUGGUGCGGGACAUCACGGGGAAGGAUAAAUCGCUGGCUGAUAUUCUGGAUGAGAGCAAGAUGAAGACCACCAUGGACCUCAUGGAGGGUCUCUUCCCUCAGGGCGAGCAGCUGUUAGAAGAAGCUCACCAGCGCAGGAAGGUGCCGACAAAACCAGCAAACUCCCGACCUGUGGAGGAAAGAGAAAAGGAGGACAGCGUGGCAGCAACUGUCUCCAUGGUGACCAGUUCUACAUAUUACAGCAUAUCUGCCCCCAAAGCUGAGCUUCUUAUCAAAAUGAAGGACAUGCAGGAGCAGAUUGAGGAGGAAGACUCUGAAGAGGAACUGGACAUUGAUUUGGCCAACAAGAAGCAAGAGCUGAUCGACAGCCUCAGCAAGAAGCUGCAGGUGUUGAAGGAAGCUAGGGAGAGUCUUCAGGAGGACGUUCUGGACAAUAAUGCUCUGGGAGACGAGGUGGAGGUCCAAGUGCAGCAGGUCUGCAAACCAAAUGAGCUGGAGAAGUUCCGGAUGUUUGUGGGAGACUUGGACAAAGUGGUGAGCCUCCUGCUGUCGCUCUCGGGCCGUUUGGCCAGAGUGGAGAACGCUCUGAACAGCCCGGAGGACGACACUACUCCUGAGGAGAGGCGUACAUUAAUGGAGAAGAGGAAGCUGUUGAUCCGACAGCACGAGGACGCAAAGGAACUAAAAGCGAACCUGGACCGUCGAGAGCGUGUCGUUUACGACAUCCUAACGAGCUACCUGCCAGAGGACAGCCUCACAGACUAUGAGCACUUUGUGAAGAUGAAGUCAGCUCUCAUCAUUGAGCAGCGAAAGCUGGAGGACAAAAUCAAACUUGGAGAGGAGCAGCUUAAGUGUCUGACGGACAGCCUGCCCGUAGAUCAGAGGCUGGUUCUGUGAGACGGGUUUAGUCCUACAACACAGAAACUGCUCAUCAUCUGUUCCAGGUUGGACCUUCACCAGCAGAGGGCGACAAAGAUCAGAACCUGCAGACACAAACCUGUCCCAAACACAAGACUAGAGGUUGUUGGUUUUUUUAUCUUUGAGUAAAAUACCUGCAUCACUUAGACCAGUCGGAUCUACCAGCGACCAUUACAUCCGUUCUCCCAGAAUGCCAUUUUUACCUGUAAGUUUGUGUUUUUUUAGUAAUUUAUUGUAGGCUUUUGACUCCAUGCAAAGUGGAACGGUAUUUAGUCAUCAGCUGAUCUGAACAGCCUGCCACCUGAUGUGUGUUACAUACUGAUGAGUAUUUAUCGUGUUUUGUGUCUCUUUUAUUGCAUGAUCGGUAAAAUCCAAAUAUUUCAGUAAAAUGUUCCACCUUAGCAUCCUUUAGCAUGUUACCUGAUGCUAUUGUCACCUUUAGAGGUCUCGCUGGAGCAACGGUCCCUCCGUAGAAAACACAAUAAUAUGACUGGAUGAAGUUUAGCUGAUGACGAGAUCUUUGUCAGAUUAUUACCAUUUCUCACCUGACCACGUGAUUCUGUGACCUCACUGUUUUGUUCCUGAACGCACAGUUACUGAUCUUCUAAAACCCAGUCCAUCGUCUUGCUUCUAAAUAUGAAAUGAAGUUAUUUGGUUGGUCAAAUAUUUACAUGGAUUAAAUGAGACUUGUGGUUUGUUACUCUCUCACACACUUCAUCAGCUGAUUCCCUCAUGUCCAAUAAAGAGUCUGCUGAAAGUGGA